UUUAGUAAAGUAAUGGAAGCUCUUCAAUCUAUCCCUCGUAAUGAUUUGGAAUUUCGAUUAGAAGUAUUGAAGACAAUUAAACGUAUAUUUAAAGCUCAUAACUCAACUCGUGAUAUCUUUCGUCAUGUUGGUGGUUAUGUAAGUCUUGUCUCAAUGAUUGUCUCUCUUGAAGGUGCUUUUGAGAAACCGGAACAAUUUAUGAAUGAUAAUAUAAAAAAUAUUGAGUCAGUUCGUUGCUCGAUUAUAGCUGUUCUUCAGGCGAUUUUCUCAGUCAUUGCUGAGUCAAUGCAUGAUCAUCAAGCGAACAAAAAGUAUUUUUUAAAGGGUGUUGGAUAUGGGUCACUCGAAAAUGCAAUUACAUUAACUGGUGCGUUAAAUGAAGGAUGUAUUUCAGGUUCUAUCUUUGGUAUUCUUUUUGGAUUUGCAAUGGAUGAUGAGUCUAUUUAUGAGUUAUUUUUAAAUCCUGCAAAAGAAGAAAGAGACAGCUCAGUAUUAACGGCAUUACAGCAACGUAUAGAUGUAGUUUUAAAGACACCUUCGGCUAAAGUAAUAAAUCCUGAAGUUAUGCCUUCUAUUAUGAACUUGCAGCGUUUAAUCUCAAAUAUAGAUCCCGAAUUAUCAUAUGCUGUAUUAUAUGCAAUUUAUGCCUUGACUCAAGCUAAUCGUGGUAAUCAAAUCAAACUGAAUACUAGUGGGCUUAUUUUCAACAUUUUAACUCGUGUAUUUCCUGAAUCUUCUCAAAUUGAUGAUGCCGUAUUAACUAUCGAAUCUAACGAAAAAGGGUUAUUGUUAAAAAUUAUACAGCAACUGUUGAGCAUGGGCAUCAGUUUUGAAGAGCUUCGAUAUAUGUUUCAGAGGUUUACUAUAAUAGAUGAAAAUUUUGAUCUUAGUAAAUCACAUUGUUUGUUGAAUUUAAUUGUUCAAAGCGCUUGUCAAAGUCAAUGGCCAAACUUUAUACAAUUUGAUAUGGCAACUAGCAAAAUUGCUUCAUUAGAGAUUCCUGAGCUUACUAAUUUUCCUCCAACAAGUCCAGGUUAUAGCUUACUUUCUUGGAUUUUUAUUGAAAACCAAGAUGACCUAUCCAAUUUGUCACUUUUUUCCCUUUAUGACAAUACCAGUUUAGUGUUCAAGAUAUAUGUGGAUGCUAAAACAAAGCAAUUACGAGUCUAUAAUAUAGCAUCUAAGCAAGAUAUUAUAUUUAAAACAUUCCAAUUCAAUAUUGGUGUUUGGUAUCAUAUUGCUCUUGUUCAUCAUCGGCCACGUAUUUCAAUUAAAUUUAGUUCUAUGGACUUGUUUAUUAAUGGCAUGCAUACACUUGAAAAAGAAACAAUCAAUUUAUUUUAUAGUUUAGGUGUUCGCUAUAAAUCUUUAUUUCAAGAUUCAUUGCAUCAAUUUCAAACAUAUGAAACGUCUACGUCGCUUUUUUUAAAGCUGAAAGACAUGAUCAAGCCAACGAUAUCGACAAGACGUAAUUCUAUCCAAACACAGCGUCUACUCUCAGAUAUUAUGAAAAAUGCUCAUUUUCAACGUAUUUCUGAAAAUAAAAUUUCUCUUGCUCUCUUUGCUGGUAAUAUGUUAUCGGAAGGAACAGGCUUAACUUUGACAGGCUUAAGUGAAGCAGCAGAAAUGUUUAUCAAGACUGAAUUAGAUUAUUCUCGACUCAUAUUGAAUUCAAGUAUUCCUAAACUGGAUAAUGCUAUCUAUAUGCCAAAGAGUAUGGGUUAUUUAACGGGUGAAUCUAUUAUUGCAUACCCUUAUGGGCUGGAUGAAUCGUUAUGGAAAAUUGGUGGCUGUGUUAUAGCCUUGAAAUUAAUCGAGCAAUCAAAAACUUCAGAAACGUUAUGUAAAACAAUGACAUUUUUGUUCCAAAUUAUUCGAUAUUCAUGGCGGAAUUCUCAAGAUAUGGAGCGAUGUCAUGGAUAUGAGAUUUUGGCGUAUAUAUUGAAAACGAAGAGAGAUUUGAUUACAGAGGAGAUAUUUGAACUUUUAUUAGUAUUUAUUGGCAAAAAUCCUUACUCUUUAGAGGAUUCAAUGAUUAAUAACCCCUUAGCUUAUCGUUAUAUUAUUUUAAACUUUGAGAUUUGGAAGAAAACGCCUAUUAGCGUUCAAAAAGCUCAGUUGGAUCAGUUUAUUCUCUUUUUAGAAACAAGUAGAAAUAGAUAUUUCAAUUUAAAACGUCUUCCUAAAAUUCAUCUUGUAAAGAAAGUACUUUUAGCAUUUAGAAUGAACAUUUAUGCUAAAGAGCUUACACCAUACUUUGUAAGAUCCUUAAAGGCUAUCAUGUUGAGUAAUUGGAGUACUGACAGCAUUAGAGCUGUUGCAACAUUUCUGGCAUCUACUGUUUCUAUAGGUAAACUAUGGUUGAAAUUAGCACUUGAGUAUUUGUUUUUAAUAACCCUUAUUUUAUUGUUAUCUUUACAGCGCCAUCUACUUCACCUGUAUCUAAACCUUCUUACACAAGAGGUAGAUCAGGUAGUACAUCAUCUGCAACAACCGUGCCUUUGCCUGAUUAUGAAGGAGUUGCUAUUGAAACAGAGAUGA